ACUCUACCCCGGACGCUCUCCCUUGUCUCUGUCGCCAAUAUGCUGUCGACAACAAGGUCUGCGGCCUCAAUGGCCCUGCGAGCCAAACCGAUGACCGCGCUGCUGCCAUUCCGCGCUGGUAGCGUCGCCUAUAUUUCCUCGAGCUCGUCGAACAACGCGACGACCAUGGCAUCGCCAGCCAUUAUCCCUGGUAACGCCGGCACGCCGCCCCCGAUGAAGCAGGCGCGACGGGAAGUGCCAUUGCCGAGCCAGGAAGGAAAGAAGGGCGCUAUGCAAUAUGCACUGACAACUCUCGAUCAAGUAGCCAACUGGGCGCGUCAGAGCUCCCUCUGGCCCAUGACCUUCGGUCUUGCCUGCUGCGCCGUCGAGAUGAUGCACUUGUCCACCCCGCGAUACGAUCAGGAUCGCCUCGGUAUCAUUUUCCGUGCUUCGCCUCGACAGUCAGACGUCAUGAUCGUGGCGGGAACUCUUACGAACAAGAUGGCACCCGCGCUGCGACAGGUGUACGACCAAAUGCCCGAACCGCGAUGGGUCAUCUCCAUGGGUAGCUGCGCGAACGGAGGAGGGUACUACCACUACAGCUACUCGGUCACAAGAGGAUGCGACAGGAUUGUGCCGGUAGAUAUUUAUGUUCCCGGGUGCCCGCCGACGGCAGAGGCGCUCAUGUACGGUAUUUUCCAGCUGCAGAAGAAGAUGAGGCAUACCAAGAUCACACGGAUGUGGUACAGGAAGUAGGGGAGGUUUCUUUUGGCGAAUCAAUUAGGCGGUCAUUACGCAUGCAAGCUUUUGAGGACUAUGUUCUCGCUGUACAAAUCAAUCUUCUAUGUGCAUUGCCCAGUCUAUCCUAUAUAUCCUUAUGAGCAUGUUCGACAAUGCAUCCUCACUCUAGCGUCUCUCCAA